UUCAAGUAUCGUUGGAAUCCACAGACUAAAAGUUCGUCGGAGCUCUCUCCCUUCGAAAUAAAACCCUUUACCUUCCCCCAAGUCUGUCGCUGCGAAUUUUUGUUGCCUCGAGCUUUGAUCCCACGGAAUUAGACGUUGCAACUGAUGCUAUCUUCUUCCAAGUCGCAGGAACUGCAACAAUAGUUGUCGCCGAGGGCAAUGGUAAGUGAUAGCAAAAGUAGGGACGAGUUAGAUGGACAUGGUUCAAGGCAAAAAGUGAAUAUGGUAAAAGAUACAUUAGUGCAAAGCCCAGGAAAACUUGGCAGAGCAUCAAAUGCCCGACAGACAGCAGAAAGCCCUCAUGGUAUUCGAAAAUCCAAGCGUCUUGAGAAGGAGAUGACACCGUCUCCUCCUAUGAAGAGGACAUCAGAAAGACUAGGGAAGAGUAAUACACCAAAUUCUCUGAGGAGGUCUGAUAGGGGUAAGAAAGAACUGUCACCCGGUUCUGUUUCCAAAGAAUCUGCUGAAGAACCUUUAUCAAAGUUGAAGAGAAAGAAAGAGAAACCCGUGAUUCAGGUGACUAUGGAAUCUGAAAAAGCUGAGCAGCCUGAGCUUGACCUGGAAGUAGUUGGCAUGAAGAGAAAGAAAAUGAAUGCCCGGAAAUUCAGGGCUCUUUUCAAAAGACAACAAAUUCAAGAAAUCGUGCCAGGUGAAAUAAUCA